AUGAACUCCAAUUCACUUUCGGCCUUUGGAGCAUAUCGUUCGGCUUCAUCAUCGUCGAAAGUCAAAGUGCUUGAUAUAUGUCAGUUGGGUGAACCAUUUCGAACGAUCACGAAAAUAGAAUAUAGUCCCUUCGCUAUGGUUGCAAAUGAUCAAUAUAUGUUAAUUCAAAAUGGUCCAAAUAUAUGUCUUCUUAAUGCAAAAAUGAAAGUAGUUCGAGAAAUUGAAUGGAUUUAUGAAAAGAUUAGUGAUCUAUGUUGGAACACAAAACUCAAUCGAAUAUAUAUCAUUAGUGAUUAUAAGGUAUUUACGAUGAAUCCAGAAACUAUGAACUACCACAAGAUACUUGAAGAGAAAUAUUAUCAAAAUUGUGCUUGUUCACAUGACACACUUUAUCUUAAUAUUCAUCCACUUCAAGAAGUGUUAGUACAUUCGUUCUCUGAUCUUCUCUGGUCUAAAUCUGUUUUUAUGUGCCGUGGGGAUGAUCUUAUUGAUGGCAUGUCUUACAAUGCUGGCAAACUUGCUUUGACUAUGAAUAGUCGACAUGGAACAAAGCCUCAUGUUGUAAUUUUAUCAACAACAACAUACGAUUGUUUAUUCGAAAUUACUAUUACCGACGCUUUUGGAAGUCAACGAUGCAGUAUUUCAUCACUCAGUUCUAGUGGCUGGCUUGUAAAUGAUUCGGGAACAUACAAUAUUCAUCACCUUACAGAGAAUAACAUACUUCGGAUGACACCGAUUUAUAAAUACGGUCAUCCGUAUAAUGUAAUUCGAUUUGGAGCUAGUUAUUUAGCGGUUUCGACAAAAACUAAUAUUAAUCUACACAAAUUAAAGUUCGUGUCAGUAAACGAUUUGACUCCGUCAGAAGUGUGGACGCAAGUGAAUGUUCCUCCUGUGAAAAUGCGAAACUUCAAUCUCUAUUAG